AUGUCGGAGAGAGAGAGUGAACACCUCCGAUUGGCCUUGCUUUUCAUAUUAUCAGGGCUUCUUCAUGUCUGCUCAGGAGAUGUUGGCACAGCAGGCCAAUAUACACCCCCAUAUCUGCCAACUGAGUGCUACGGCAACGAUGUGUCUAAGUUCCCAUCAAGCAACUUAUUCGCGUCGGCCGGAAAUGGGAUAUGGGACAAUGGGGCAGCGUGCGGCAGGCAGUACUUUGUCAGGUGCUUGAGCGCGCAAACUCCAGGGACAUGCAAAGCUGGUCAGGUCAUAAAAGUGAAAAUAGUUGAUAGAGCCUCUAGGAGUGGAGAGAUCCUUGUUCUUUCUACUAUUGCAUUUGGGGCUAUUGCUAAUCCUUCUGCUGCUUGGGUUAGCAUAGAGUUUGCAGAGUAA